AUUGAAACUAUGUCUACAGAGCCUUUAAUUAUCAUGUUUUGUUAGUAUAAAAUACAAUAUAAAUCUAUUCUUUUCAGAUGAAAUGAUGAAACACGGAAUGAAGAUUGUUGUAAUUGUAAACUUACUGAGUAUCUCUGUAUGUUCAUCCCGACAAGAUGCUUCUAUAUUAAAUCACAGAAUACUAGAGAGCGGAGUCCAGAAAACGAGUAAACCUUCUGACACCGACAAAGUUCAGAAAUCCAGUGAAGAUAAAAGCUGGGUUAAAUUCUUACAGCCCCCUUAUGUUCCCAUAAAUGCGUUACCACGAGAGGACAGCAGAUCUUUGUACAAUUCUAUUCUUAGAGAUAUUCCUGUACAUAACAUUACAGAUGAUUCUCCCUGGGAACCGAUGCAAAAUCCGCAUAUUCAUGUUGUUACAAAGACUGAAGAGACAAGGAGAAAGAAAGAAACCAAUAACUCAGACAAAAUUCAGAUCUCAGAACUCAAGUCUGAUACAAAAGUUUUAAACCCUGUAUUUCAUGGAAAUGAGAAAUUGAAAAUUAUCCCAACCCAGAACUCUACAAGUGAGCAUCAUCAGAAACAGGUUGUAAAUCAGAAUUUAGCCAUCAGACAACAUCAGACACAUGAUAUACACCAGAAUCCUACUCAUGGACAGCACCAGACACAUCAUAUAAACCAGAACCUUGGAUAUAAACACCAUCAGACGCAAGAAUUAAACCAGAAUCAUAUACAUGGACACCACCAGCCGCAAGUAUUAAACCAAAAUCACGGAGUAAGAGCACACCAGACACCAGGAAAACAUCAGAAGCUUGUCCAUGUACAACACCAGACUCAAGAUUUAUACCAGAAACAUAGAAAUGGACAGAACCAGCCACUAUUAGUUUCAAAACUAGAUUAUCUUAGUUCUCCAGAUCCUAAUCAAAGGGUACCCCAGAGAGGUGAACCCUUGAGACUCUACUCUCGGAUACAGAAUUAUAAACGAGGAUUUUAUAAACCUUCUCCAGCCUUGAAAAAGAACCCUAGACAGGUUCCGGUGACAGUUGGACGGAGAAAUAUUCAAUCCUGGAGAAAUUCGUCCCGGAGAUCCGGCAGAGAACUAAUUCCUAGACCUGAACUAGCAUUGGGAUUAUCAACCUUAAUCCUGGGAUCAAUCCUUGCAGUUUGAUUCUUGGAUCAAUCCUAGCAGUUUGAUCCUUGGAUCAAUCCUUGCAGUUUGAUCCUUGGAUCAAUCCUUGCAGUUUGAUCUUAGGAUCAAUCCUUGCCGUUGGAUCCUUGGAUCAAUCCUUGCAGUUUGAUCUUAGGAUCAAUCCUUGCAGUUUGAUCCUUGGAUCAAUCCUUGCAGUUUGAUCCUUGGAUCAAUCCUUGCAGUUGGAUCCUUGGAUCAAUCAUUGUAGUUUAAUUCUUGGAUCAAUCCUUUCAGUUUGAUCUUUUUAACAAUGCUCGCAGUUUGAUCCUGGAUUCCUUGUUGAGUGAUUGUAGUUUGAUUUUUGGACCAAUAUUUGCUGUUUGAUCCUUGGAUCAAUCCAUCCAGUUUAAGCUUUGGAUCAAUAGUUCAAUCCUUGCAGUUUCUAUCCUUGGAUCAAUCUUUGUAGUUUGUUUCAUGGAUCAAUCCUAGCAGUUUGAUCCUUGGAUCAAUCCUAGCAAUUUGAUCCUUGGAUCAAUCUUAGCAGUUUGAUCCUUGGAUCAAUCCUAGCAAUUUGAUCCUUGGAUCAAUCCUAGCAGUUUGAUCCUUAAAUCAAUCCUAGCAGUUUGAUCCUUGGAUCAAUCCUAGCAGUUUGAUCCUUUGGAACAAUCCUAGCAGUAUAAUUCUUGUAUAAAUCCUUGUAGUUUCAAUCUUGGACCAAUUUUACCAGUUUGAUCCUUGGAUCAAUCUAUCCGUUUAAGCUUUGGAUCAAUAGAUCAAUCCUUGCAGUUUCUAUCCAUGGAUCAAUCUUUGCAGUUUCUAUCCUUGGAUCAAUCUUUGCAGUUUCUAUCCUUGGAUCAAUCUUUGCAGUUUCUAUCCUUGGAUCAAUCUUUGCAGUUUGUUUCAUGGAUCAAUCUUUGCAGUUUGUUUCAUGGAUCAAUCUUUGCAGUUUGUUCCAUGGAUCAAUCUUUGCAGUUUGUUUCAUGGAUCAAUUCCUGUAAAGUGAUCCUUAAAUCAAUCCUUGCAGUUUCUAUCCUUGGAUCAAUCUUUGCAGUUUGUUUCAUGGAUCAAUUCCUGUAAAGUGAUCCUUAAAUCAAUCCUUGCAGUUUGAUUAUUGGAUCAAUCUUUGUAAUUUAAUCCUCGUACCAAUAUUUACAUUUUGAUCAGUUCUUAAUCCAUUCUAGAUCAAAUACUUAUAGAAAUUUUACAAUCUGAUCAAUCUCUAAAAUUGAUCGAGAUUCUUUUCUAAAUGUUAAAAGAAUUUAUUAUUUGAAAUUUUACCGAGAGUUCUAAAAAAUAACCAUUAUUAAGAUUUCUAAAUUUUUUAGAUCAAUAUUAUGUUUAAAAUUGUUAAAAUUAGAGUCUUAUAACCAUUGUGCCUAUAUUACAAUCUAGUCAGUUUUUAUUUAAA